UAAUUGCCAGUAUUGAACUAGAUAAUGAUGUCGGAGCCCUUGUGAAAAAUGCAGCGAAGAGUUUACCGCUGGCAUUUGAACAUGUAGCGCGCGAGUCGCAUAACGACCCUUUGCUUCAGGUCGUGUAUAACUACAUACAAAGUGGGUGGCCAAAGAAUAUAGAUAAUGCGGAAUUGAAAUACUUCUACGCGAGACGAGAGUCCCUUUCAACAAUUGAGAAUUGUAUUUGUUUUGGAGAGCGGUUAGUGAUUCCUGCGUCGCAGCGUCGGCGGGUGCUAGAAAUGAUUCACCGUGGUCAUCCAGGAAUCGAUCGUAUGAAAGCUAUAGCACGAAGUUAUGUUUAUUGGCCAUUGAUAGACGCGGAUGUUGAGAAACUUGUAAAGUUAUGCAAAUCGUGUGCUUUAGCAGCUAAAUCGCCAAUUCAUAGCUCUCCAAUAUCAUGGCCGAAAACUGAUGCACCAUGGCAGCGUGUUCAUAUAGAUUACGCUGGACCUAUAGAUGGUGUCUACUUUCUUCUGGUGAUUGAUUCCUUUUCUAAGUGGCCUGAAAUUAUUUCGACUUCAAGUAUAUCCGCUAAUGCAACCGUCACUAUGUUGAGAGGAUUGUGUGUUAGAUUUGGCAUGCCUAACACGAUAGUGAGCGACAAUGGUAGGCAGUUUACCAGUGCAAUUUUUGCCGAUUUUUGCAACACUAAUGGAAUCGAGCAUAUGGGCAAUGGGCAAGCAGAAAGGUUUGUUGAUUCCUUUAAAAGAGCGCUCAAAAAGAUAAAGGUGGGGAAGGUGUCAUUACAGGAAGCCUUAGAUACGUUUCUCCUGACCUACAGAAGUACACCGAACAAGCAGCUAGAAGGAAUGCGUACUCCAGCAGAGGUCAUGUUUGAACGAAAAAUCCGUACUUGCUUGGAACUGCUGCGUCCCCCAGUACAAGUUGAAUCAACGAGCAGGCAGAUGCCACCCAGAAAGUUCCACGUUGGUGAAACGGUUUAUGCUAAGGAGUACCGUAAUAAUUCCUGGAGUUGGAUUCCUGGUGAGAUCACCAAACGGCGUGGAAACGUAAUGUAUGAAGUACAGAACGCAGCCGGAAAGAAGUGGCGUUCACACAUCAACCAGCUACGACCACGAUUGAAUAUCGGUACACAUACUGUCCAACCAGACGCUACGGAAACUUCAAUGGCUUUGAACAUUUUAUUGGAUGAAUGUCGAAGCACUGCUAGUGACAGCUUUACCUCGGCGGUGUUACCUCCUGGGAUUUCUGUGCCAUCGUCAUCGUCAUCGUCUUUAAUGUCAGCGUCUUCGUCAUCGUCGUAUUCGUCUUCGACGUCGUCUCCAUCGUCUUCAUCGUCAUCCCCGUCACUGUUACCUUUCAUGUUACCGAAAAAGGGUAUACCUGUAUAUACCGCAAACCGUCUACAGCGUUUCGCUUUGACAUUACUGCUUUAUGAUUUUGAAAUAGAGUACGUACCAACUGAGAAGUUCGGAAAUGCAGAUGUGCUAUCCCGGUUGAUGGAUAAACAUGAAAAACCGGAACAAGAUUUUAUAAUUGCCAGUAUUGAACUAGAUAAUGAUGUCGGAGCCCUUGUGAAAAAUGCAGCGAAGAGUUUACCGCUGGCAUUUGAACAUGUAGCGCGCGAGUCGCAUAACGACCCUUUGCUUCAGGUCGUGUAUAACUACAUACAAAGUGGGUGGCCAAAGAAUAUAGAUAAUGCGGAAUUGAAAUACUUCUACGCGAGACGAGAGUCCCUUUCAACAAUUGAGAAUUGUAUUUGUUUUGGAGAGCGGUUAGUGAUUCCUGCGUCGCAGCGUCGGCGGGUGCUAGAAAUGAUUCACCGUGGUCAUCCAGGAAUCGAUCGUAUGAAAGCUAUAGCACGAAGUUAUGUUUAUUGGCCAUUGAUAGACGCGGAUGUUGAGAAACUUGUAAAGUUAUGCAAAUCGUGUGCUUUAGCAGCUAAAUCGCCAAUUCAUAGCUCUCCAAUAUCAUGGCCGAAAACUGAUGCACCAUGGCAGCGUGUUCAUAUAGAUUACGCUGGACCUAUAGAUGGUGUCUACUUUCUUCUGGUGAUUGAUUCCUUUUCUAAGUGGCCUGAAAUUAUUUCGACUUCAAGUAUAUCCGCUAAUGCAACCGUCACUAUGUUGAGAGGAUUGUGUGUUAGAUUUGGCAUGCCUAACACGAUAGUGAGCGACAAUGGUAGGCAGUUUACCAGUGCAAUUUUUGCCGAUUUUUGCAACACUAAUGGAAUCGAGCAUAUGGGCAAUGGGCAAGCAGAAAGGUUUGUUGAUUCCUUUAAAAGAGCGCUCAAAAAGAUAAAGGUGGGGAAGGUGUCAUUACAGGAAGCCUUAGAUACGUUUCUCCUGACCUACAGAAGUACACCGAACAAGCAGCUAGAAGGAAUGCGUACUCCAGCAGAGGUCAUGUUUGAACGAAAAAUCCGUACUUGCUUGGAACUGCUGCGUCCCCCAGUACAAGUUGAAUCAACGAGCAGGCAGAUGCCACCCAGAAAGUUCCACGUUGGUGAAACGGUUUAUGCUAAGGAGUACCGUAAUAAUUCCUGGAGUUGGAUUCCUGGUGAGAUCACCAAACGGCGUGGAAACGUAAUGUAUGAAGUACAGAACGCAGCCGGAAAGAAGUGGCGUUCACACAUCAACCAGCUACGACCACGAUUGAAUAUCGGUACACAUACUGUCCAACCAGACGCUACGGAAACUUCAAUGGCUUUGAACAUUUUAUUGGAUGAAUGUCGAAGCACUGCUAGUGACAGCUUUACCUCGGCGGUGUUACCUCCUGGGAUUUCUGUGCCAUCGUCAUCGUCAUCGUCUUUAAUGUCAGCGUCUUCGUCAUCGUCGUAUUCGUCUUCGACGUCGUCUCCAUCGUCUUCAUCGUCAUCCCCGUCACUGUUACCUUUCAUGUCUGAAUCGUCUCCGUCCCUUUUGUUAUCGUCAAAUAAUACGGAUGUUCUAAGUUCUCCAGAUUUCGCUACAGCUGACAGUGCAUCAUCGCCUUCACCGGUGCAGCCCCUACGUCGUUCUACGCGUGUUCGAAGAUCGCCACAGUGGAUGCGGUCGUACCAGAGAAAUUGAAGAGGAGGGAUGUUGGGAGCCACCCUGUACAAGCCUUGACAGAGUUCGUCAUGCGCCCGAUGUUAGGCGACCGUAUGCGUGAAAGCACGAUCGACGCUCUUCGGGAUAGAGAGAUCGCUCUCUUCUCUCCCGACCGGCUAAGGCAAAGGACGUAUCGUUUGGUCCGUGUGUAAAAUAUUACAUUAUAUUAAUAAAAGUUAUUGUUGUAGAUCGAAGAUACAAAAGUGGCGACGAGAAUAAUUCUGGCGAGCUGUUUCCCGUGAUUUUAUCGAUUUUGAUUUCUAUUUUACCCGUUUUCUGUGUAAACGGAGGAUCCGUGUCUUUGACCUGAUGGAACGAAAUGGUGAACCAUCGCCAUCGCGGAGCAGCCAUGACCCAAGCCAGCGAACCGUCACCAAUUUACCGUUGGACACGAAUGCCUUCAUCCAAGACAUAUUUAAGCAGCAGCAGGAAAUUCUUCAUCAGCAACAA